AUGGCGGCGAGAAAAUUGCAACAAGAAGUCGACAAGUGCUUCAAAAAGGUGGCAGAAGGAGUCACCGAAUUCAGUGCCAUCUACGAGAAGAUUGAGCAGUCGAAUAACCCCGCCCAAAAGGACAAACUAGAGGACAACCUCAAGCGCGAGAUCAAGAAGCUCCAGCGGCUGAGGGACCAGAUCAAAACAUGGGCCGCUAGCAACGACAUCAAGGACAAGGCUCCGCUGCUGGAGCACCGGAAGCUGAUCGAGACGCAAAUGGAAAAGUUCAAGGCGGUGGAAAAGGCCAUGAAGACCAAGGCAUACUCCAAGGAAGGCCUAUCAGCCGCCGCCAAGCUCGACCCCAAAGAGCAGGCCAAGGUUGAGGCGAGCGAAUUCCUAAGUAGCAUGGUCGACGACCUAGAGCAGCAGAUCGAGACUCUCGAGGCCGAGGGCGAGUCGAUACAGGCCACCAUGAAGAAGGGCAAGAACAACAGCGCCAAGGCCGAGCGCAUCGCCGAGGUCGAGCGUGUCAUCGAACGACACAAGUGGCAUCAAGGGAAGCUCGAGCUGAUCCGCAGGUCCCUCGAGAACGGCGGCGUCGAACCCGAACAGGUCAACGAGCUCGAGGAGAGCAUCCGGUAUUACGUGUCGGACGGCAUGAACGAGGACUUUAUCGAGGACGAGGAGAUGUACGAGGAGCUAGACCUCGAGGACGAGGAAGGCACCUACGGCAUGAGCCUGGACAACGAAAAGAACUCUUCCCUCGACACCCAAUCUGUGCAGGAGGAUCUGACAGCUGACAUCGAGCCCCCCAAGCUACUGUCGAGGAAGGCGCAGAAGGAGACCGACACUGUGCGGAGGGCAUCCUCCCAGACAAAGUCGCCGUUACCUGCUCUCGCUACUCUCCAUGCUCCUCUAGCAACAAUCAGCAACGGCACCGUAGGCGGCCCACCGAUGAAACCAGCAUCAGUACCUACACGGCCGGCCGGGGAGGGCCUCAAGUACGCAUCAGCAGCUGCGGCGGCCGCAGCGAGCGACAAGAACAACGUGGGUAUUGCUCCGUUACCUCCGCCUCCCGGUGCCGCGCCGUCGAGUAUAUCACCGCUGCCGCAGUCCCGAACAAGCGCGACAAACUCUCCCGCAACAUCUCUGAUCCAGCCCGCGUCUCAACAAGCCGAGUCCAAACAGUCCACACCUGCCAUCGCCGCCGCGGAGCCCGAGCCCCGAUCCAAGGCCGCUGGCAAGCAGCCUGCUGUCCCUGAAGCCACCGAGUCACCAAAGCCUCCCCAAACAAAUGGUGCUUCCAAUGGUGUCAAGCGUACUGAGGAGGUCGAAGAGGAGUGCAUCUACCACCUACCUUCAUCGCUGCAGGAUCUCGUCGACACGUAUGAGACUUCCAGGAAGCGUCCCGCACCCCCUUCGGCGCCCUCAACGCUGCGCAUCAUGACCUCUAGUCAAGGAACCUGCCCAGAUGUCCAGGACGCCGAUGUGCCACGGUCAUACCGGCCCGACGUCCCGGUGCCUCCUACAGUGUCUGGUUUCCCCCGCGAGCCUCUCGCUAUCUUCGAGGACCCCCGGUUGUACUCCAAGAUCGACCCUGACACUCUGUUCUACGUCUUCUACUACAAGCAAGGCUCUCCUCAACAGUAUCUGGCAGCCAAGGCCCUUAAAGACCAGAGCUGGCGGUUCCACAAGCAGUAUCAAACAUGGUUUCAGCGACACGAGGAGCCCAAGAACAUCACCGAGGACUUUGAGCAGGGCACAUAUCGAUUCUUUGACUACGAGAGCACUUGGAUGAACCGACGAAAAGCGGACUUCAAGUUUGCCUACAAGUUUCUCGAGGACGAGGUCUAA